GACAAGCCGAACGGGUCCCCACAGAACAAUAAUUACAACCCGGGGGACGCCGGUCCCUCGCCGCGGUUGUUCCAGCGGCAGAACGUGCCCGUGAUGCCGGGCGUCACCGGAACUUCCGGCGAUGCGAGCCGGAGGCCCAUCUGCGUCGCCUACCGCGAGGGGCGCUGCGAAUUCGGGGCGUGGUGUUUCUGGAGCCACGGGAACGACGGCGUUACGUCGAUUCCCGGUCGAGGACCGCCAGGACGGCGCGACUCUUUUGACCCCGCGUUCGUGCCGCCCCCGACUCGCGAUCCGCUGAACCGCCCGGUGAUGCCCGACGGGAACCGGCGCGCGAGCUUCGACCGUGCAGGCAGUGUGGGCGGAAGGCCCGGUAGUUCUGCGAAGGAUUUACCUUCUGAAAAAAAAGCCAAAGUGGGCUUUUUCAGUCGGCUGCUCGCCGUGCUUUUUCGCAAGAAGGAGCCGCCCCCCGACCAAGGGCCGCAAAGACGAAAUUCUUUUCGGGAUUACGACACGGUGAAGCCGCCGCCUCCGCCCAGUGCGGCCAAAAACAUGGAGAAGAACAUGGACCAGGUGAGCAGUUCGUCCGACGAACGAGUGAACGUGUACGACACCCUGGAUGAGGACGCGCCAUUCAUUUGCGAGGAAGUGAACGACGGCGAGGAUGCCUUGCGCGAUUACAUGCGGCAGCGGGAAAACUUCAGCACGCAACUGGUGAACACGAUCAAAGUCGGGGACAUUCUGUCCGACAAGUUCCUCGACGUCGAUCUCGGCAGCAGCUCGUCGCAGCCCGAGCACAGCGGAAAGACCUCUCCCAGCACCACCGCGACGGGAGCGGGGGUCGCUGGCGCAGCCGCGGGGGCGGGACUUCCUCCGACCGGUGGCGGUGCAGGAGGAGCCCCGGGGCCGCAGUUGAAGGAGCCGAAAAAGUUCAACAUUUACGACCACGUCGACAGUACGAAAACGACCGAGGCGCCGAAGAAGUACAACAUUUACGACGACGCGCCGCCAACAGCACAGGGUGCUGACGCCCCGGCGUCGCGCAAGUACAAUGUAUACGACGAUUUGCCUCCCGCCGCGGACGGGGCUGCCGCGCGACGCACCUCCAAUGUGUACGACACGCGGCCGGACACAGCGACCAACGCGAGCAAAGAGAAGUUCAAGACGUUCAACCCAACGCCAAACGUCACACCGGGGGCCGGUCCGAACCUCGGUCCGUCCCCUCGCGGCGGGGACGCGACCGCAUCGGGCGAGGCGCGGAAAAGCAGCAACAGUGCCUACAGCUUCGCGUCGAAAGCGCCCUCGCAGGCGAAUAAACCCGAGCAGCCGCAGGGCGACGCGACGCCCGCCGGGUGGGCCAACGCGCGUUCGGAGCCGCGCGAAUCGAAAGUGUACAACAAAGUGCAUCCACAACCAGCGGAGGAGGAAAAUCCCAGCUAUCGGCGGCGCGACUCAGGCGGCACGACUGCAGCAGGGGACGAUUACGGAAACCAGCCGCGGUCCUACGCCACGGGCGAGAGCAAGCAACAGCAGAAUUUCUAUUCGCGGCUGGGCGCAAAGAUGGGGGGUCGCGGCGCCAGCGCCGACCAGCAGCCCUCGGCGAACGACGCUCAGCAAGAACAACGGCGGAAUAGCGGGCCGGGCCCGGCGAUGGGCAGUGCCCCGACGGGGCAAAGCUACGAAAGCAAGAAGCAAAAGCCGGACCAGCAAAGCCAGCAAGCGGGGGCCGCAUCUUCGAGCGACCACCAACAAAAUCAAAACGCACAACAGCAACAGCAAAGCAAAAAGUCUGCGCCGGCCUCAGACCAAAAGCAAGACCAAGGCUCGUCGGGCAACCAGAAUUCGCAGCAUCAGAGUAGCUCUUCCACCACGUCGGACCAGCAGCAGCAGCAGGCGAACGGUAACAACAAGCGGAGUCGAAGGCGAAAGAACCCGAAUUCCGGCUAUUUCUGGUACGAGGGGUAUUACUACUACUUUGAUGCAGACUACAAUGUGUAUUGGUGGUGGGACGACCGCAUGAAGCAAUACCACCAGUGUAUCUCGAAGGAGGAACAGGAAAAGCAGAGCCGCUCUCGCAACACCUCCUCCACCACCGCGGGGACUUCUAGUCGCGGGGGCACCGGAGGUAGUUCGGCCUCCAACGCGAAUGCCCCGCCCGGAUUUCCCUCCUUCGGUCCGAAGCGCGACGGGCGGGGCACGGAGCCGCAGUUCAACCAACAACAGUCCAAUCAGCAGCAGCAGCAGAAACAGCAGCAAAAGGAGAACAAUAAAACCAGUCCGGGCGACGAUGAUGCGGGGGGAACGAACAACAAGAAAUCGGCGCCGCCGGACAUGAGCCGGACGGCCGCGAUAUCCUGAGCAAAAUAUCCCCACCCCAGAGUUGUCAUGCGGAUUUGCGAUGACAGGAAGACUUGUAAUGCGCAUCUCCAUGAGAGGCAUUACCAGUCGUGUUUUGAAAUUUGUAAUGCUGCAAACAGGAUCAGAAGAUGGAUUUGUGAUGCGGUUUUCCUUGCUAACAUGCACUACACUACGGACUGCAACUUGUCAUGCGUGGCUCCCAAAACUUUUGGAUUUGUGUUGCUAAGUGCCCAACUUGACUCUGGUGUGGGGACGUUUUUACUCAGGAUACGCGAACUUCAUGACCUCGGCGGAAGACGCGAGUGACGAACAAAUCAAGGUGAACCAGCUGAUCAUGCAGCUCAUCGCGGAAAUGCAGGAGUUAUCCACGAAAAAACACCCGUCCCCAUCCAAUUUGUCAUGCAAAACAUGCAUAAAAUCCACUAUUUGUCAUGCAAAAAAUGGAUGGGGAUGGGUGUUUUUUCCUGGAUAGGAGUACGCGGAGAAGGACCUCGCGGACCGGAAGAAGGUGUUCAAAAAGAUGUGCUUGGAGUGGCACCCGGACAAACACAGCAACGACGCCCAGUUUGUUGCCAAGUGCGCCUUCCAAUUCCUGCAGGAAAAAAAAGAGAGCUUCCUAAAGAACUAAAAGUCGCGGUUGGUCGUGCUUUUACUUUUUCUACCUCGAUGUAAGAUCUAAACUUUGAUCGAGGAUGUUGCCACGCUCAACGCAGUUUUUGUUCCAACACAUCAUCUUCAUCACGCAUUGUGCGCAAACAGUUUCGCUCUUGUUUCCUGUGCUACAGGACCCUCCUGUCAGCGAAGAGCCGGCAGGUCGUUUCUAGCAUGAUCGCGACGC